CUUGCGCAAUUACUUAGACUAUAUGCUUGUGCAAUAACCUUAACACUGAUCUUCUCUCUUAUGGCACGACUCUAGUGAGUGGUAUAACAAUAGUUUAUUAGGAACAUGUUUCUUCUUCAUUAUGAAACUAGCUAAUUAAUCUACACAUAAUGAUGAUGAUAGUUUUCUCUGCGAGACUAAUCAUCCCAAGCAAACAUCAUCUAGGGAAAAAUUUAGAUACAUUUUGUCUGUAAUCUGGCGAUGCACGACUAGUUGUCAUCUAGAUUACUAGUUGGAAAAGGGGCUGUUAAUCAGGUGUGUCUGCAUGCGCAACUAGCAAUAGUUAAAUGGAUCGAAACUGGUAGUUGCAUUAAGGAGAAAUCUGGCAUUGUCCGACUACUAGAUUUCUACUGUAGUUACAAAAUAAUUGCAAUCAAGUAAAAAUCUAGUAAUCUAGAUUAAUCCGGCGAUGACGGCUUUUUUACUGAUGCCUGGGAUCUUGUAACAAAAAUACGAAAUAGAUAUAGUUCCUAUGAUAACGUUCUUCCACUGUAUGCAAAAAAGUUGAAAAAUAUUGAUGAACGGAUUUUGUGUAAGAAAUUAUUAUCUAUCCGUCCACAUCAUAUUGUAGAACAACUUUCUCACUUAUAGUAGACAGAAAAACGGCUCCUGGAAGUUUCAACAGAUUGUUUUCCGUGUAUCUUACAUGCAAUGAUCAAAACUAAUUCAAUAAAUUUUUUUUCAGAAAACGACUUUUUCUUUUUAUGUAAUUUUUUACCAGUUAGUUAUGGAAAAAUGACCUCACCUUGCCAGAAUAAUGCUUGGAAUGUGCUCAAAGUUAUCUGCAAGGUGAGCUAACGUUUAAUUAGGAAACUGAACAUUCACUGUUGAGCGAAAUUUACUUUACUUUGCACUUACCGUUUUGGUAACGUUGAUUGGAAUUACCUCAAUGUACUCUAUUCAGCAUUAAGCUGUAGCAUCAAAUGUUUUAAGAUAACUGAUCUUCUUUUGCAGUUCAUGUCGUAUUAGUGUAUAACACAAUGAAUUUACAUCGGCAUUAAAUCACACUGAUAAACAUACUUAAUUUUUGAAUAAUAGAGACAGAUAUACAACUACUGAGAUAGGUUGCUACUAUCAACUUUAGCUUCUUUGAAUCAAUCAUGAAUCAUAACCCUAAAUAAACGAUUAUUUUUAAAUGACGAUAGAAAUGAUCGAUAAAAUCUUCAAGUUUAAUGACUGUUCAACUCUUUGAAGAUAUGAGCGACUAGUUGUUCUGAUACAUUGACAUUUCCACUGGAAAAGAGCCAGGGUACUGUUCACAGAAAAGUCGGUUUGUGGAAGAAUUGUGCCAUCUGCGUUAUUACUUUGCAUCGUGUAAUUCAAUCAAAAUGUACACUUUUUCAAAUUUUCUUUUUUUAGUCAAGCAAAACAUUUCCUUAUAAGGAAUAAAAAGAGAAUGAAUAAGCCUCUUUCAUUCAUUUUUUCUUUCUAUUGCUGCAUUUUUUUUGAUACAUUACCAUACAAUUAGGAAAUUUUAUGUGGCUAAGACAGUAUAUAUACAGGGCGAACGAGAAAGUGUGUGCUAAGAUAAAUACAAAUUACGUGUCAAAUAUUUCGUAACAGAUAAGAGCAUCUCCUUUCGUUCUUUCUUCAGGUAACAAUUCAUUGCUCAAUCAACGGAAAAUAGGACAAAAGAAAAGGUGAUUCAUUUUUUAUGCUAGCGAUGCUAAUUCUGAAAGACAAGAAGAAUGAAAGAUACAUUUUCUGUUCUUUUCCGCAGAUUCAGCUAUGCACACAAUGACUGAACAACAAAAACAAUUUCCACCGACAGCUCAACACUCGUAUGGAUAUGUGCUCGAUCAAGUCAAUUCUUCGACGAAUACGAAUACUGUGAUAUCGACAAACCGAAAACGACCAUCAUCGGCAUCAAACGAAAUAUCGACUGAGGCAAAAACAAAGCGUAAAAAACACAAUCGACAAUUUAGUGAAGUUCGAUCUAUGACAGAUGUUCGUAAAUACACAUUUUCCCAUUGGGCAUUGAAACAGCCAUCAAAAACACACAUGAUCGCGAGCGGUUUUUUCGGCUGCAAUGUUGGUGAUCGAGUAAUUUGCAUAUAUUGUAAUUUGAUCUGUCAGCAAUGGAUUCUUACCGAUGAUCCAAGUGAAGUACAUCGAGUAUUAUCACCUGAUUGCUGUUUUGUUCAGUCCUAUAUUGUCUCAUCAACAGCGAUCACUCCUUUAGUCCUCAACGAAACAUCCAAUGUCUUCAAUAGUACUGAGAUUGUUUCUACUCAGGCAUGUAAUCAAAUGUUUGCUGAAGUACCAAAGCGGCAUGCAUCAUUUGCCAAAUGGCCCAAAGACGAGUCAGUACCACCAGUAGACCACAUGGUCAAAGCCGGCUUUUUCUACGUGGGCACACGAACAAUUGUAUCAUGUUUUUACUGCAACGGAUCACUACAAAACUGGACAGCCACGGACAAUCCAAUAAUUGAACAUGCUCGAUGGUUUCCUCACUGUGCAUACAUUAAACAAUUGUGCGACGAUGAAUUGUUUCAGAAAAUUCAACUAUCAAAACGAGCUCAAAAACAACUAGAGAGCCCGUCCAAUGGUCAAGUACCGAUAUCGGAUGAGAAUAGAUUAUCACAUAGAUGA